GGACAGAAGGAAGAGAGGGGCGUGUCGUCGUCUAGCCCCGCCCACAGCAUGAAGAGGGAGGAGUUUCUUUCCAGACUCAGAGACGCAGGACUACUGCUAGAGCAGAGAGAGAGGCUCUAUCUGAAGAGGAAGGUGUGUUAUGUUCUUCUCAACGCCCCCUGGACGGUCCUCUGUUACUACGCAGAGGAGCUCAGCCUCAGAGCACCACUACAGGUGGUUCAGACACCAACCUACAGCUGGUCGGAGAAGGUCCUGGAGAGGCUGUCCAUCCCCAACCUGAUGAGUCAGCGGGUCCCUAAUGCCCCGCCCGACUACUACACCUGCCCCUUCAGGACCUCCAAACUGGACAGGUUCCUGGACAGUGGUAACAAGGAGACCUUCUUUAAGAAGACCCAGAGGCACCAGCUGCUCUAUGAGAUCCUGGCCAGGACCCCCUACGGGGACGUGACCCGGGGGGAGGUGGGGGUCGACCGGCUACUGUCGGAGGAGGUGUUCUCUGCUGCCUACCCCCUGCACGAGGGCUCCUAUGAGGUCCCACGGGGGGUGUCCUCAGACAGGCUGAGUGUGAGACAGGUUCUGUUCCAGUACUGGGCGCGCUGGGGUAGCUGGUACCGCUACCAGCCGCUGGACCACAUCAGGGACUACUUCGGAGAGAAGGUCGCCCUCUACUUCGCCUGGCUGGGGUUCUACACCGGCUGGCUGGUGCCGGCCGCCGUCAUGGGAACCGUCGUCUUCCUGUUCGGAUUCUGGCUCGUCACCACCGACCUCCCCGCCAAGGAGCUGUGUCACAGUGACAUCAUCAUGUGUCCACUCUGUAACAUCUGCUCCCACUGGAACCUGUCCAGCAUCUGUCUCACCUUCAAGGCUGGCCUGCUGUUUGACAACGGGGGGACGGUGUUCUUCAGCGUCUUCAUGGCCCUCUGGUCCGUCACCUUCCUGGAGUUCUGGAAGAGGAGCUGCAGCUGCCUGACGCACCGAUGGAACUGCAGUCAGUACCAGGAGGUGGAGGAACGCCCUCGGCCGGAGUUCACGGCGAUGGCUCCCAUGACGACCAGGAACCCCGUCACCGGGGCGGAGGAGCCCUACUUCCCCGAGACCCAGCGGCUCCGCAGGAUCCUGACGGGAGGCUUGGUCAUCGUGGUGAUGGUGUUCAUGGUGUUGAUGUUCCUGAUCGCCAUCAUCCUGUACAGAACCAUCGUCAGCAUCGUCAUCUACAGAGCGCAGAAGAGCUUCGUCGUCCUCUCUGCCAGUAGGAUCGCCAGUCUCACCGGGUCGCUGUUGAACCUGCUGGUCAUUAUGACACUCUCUAGAAUCUACAUCUCACUGGCCUACAUCCUGACACGCUGGGAGAUGCAUCGGACUCAGUCUAAAUACGAAGACAUGUUCAUCCUCAAAGUCUUCAUCUUCCAGUUCGUCAACUUCUACUCUUCUCCCGUCUAUAUCACCUUCUUCAAAGGAAGGUUUAUCGGUUACCCGGGGAACUAUAACGAGCUGUUUGGGAUACGCAACGAAGACUGCGGUCCUGGCGGAUGCCUGAUCGAACUGGCUCAGGAGCUGUUGGUCAUCAUGGUGGGAAAACAGCUGAUCAACAACAUUCAGGAGUUCCUCAGUCCGAAGCUGAAGGGCUGGUGGCAGGCCAGGAAGGGGGAGGAGGGCGGGGGGCAGAAGGAACCCCCGUUGCCGUGGGAGACGGACUACCAGCUGUUGGUGUGUGAGGGGCUGUUCAGCGAGUACCUGGAGAUGGUGCUCCAGUUCGGGUUCAUCACUAUCUUCGUGGCGGCCUGCCCGCUGGCCCCUCUCUUUGCUCUGUUCAACAACUGGCUGGAGGUGCGUCUGGACGCCCAUAAGUUUGUGUGUGAGUACCGGCGGCCCGUGGCCGAGCGCGUCCCCGACAUCGGCAUCUGGUUCACCAUCCUGGAGCUCAUCUCCCACCUGGCCGUGCUCAGCAACGCCUUCCUGCUGGCCUUCAGCUCCUCCUUCGUACCCCGGCUCCACUACCGCUGGACCCACGGCGGCAGCCUCGCAGGCUACGUCAACUCCACCCUCUCCUACGCCCCUCCCAACGCCACCAGCCAAUCAAACCCCGUCUGCAGGUUUCGCGGCUACAGAGAUCAGACGGGGAACUUCCUGCCCGAGUUCUACCAGCUGUUGGCUCUGAGGCUGGCCUUCGUCAUCGUCUUCGAACACGUGGUGUUCCUGAGUGGCCGUGUGAUCGACCUGAUGGUCCCUGAUGUCCCAGAGGAGGUGGAGACCAAGAUCAAGAGAGAGUUCUACAUGGCCAAGGAGGCUCUGGCAGAGCACCAGUCGGCCGACCGGACGCUGAUCCCGGGGCAGAUGGAGCUGGGCUGCGUGCGCCAGCGGGUGACGGACGCUGUCCUCCAGGGCACGCUGGUGAACCUCCUCCAGUCCUACUCAGACCCGUCCCGGGACCCCUCCACAUGAACCCCCCCUCCACACACCGCCAGGACGCACACAAAUAAACACAAUGCAUCAAUAUCCCUCAUAUGCAGAACUCUGGUCUUUCUUUGCUCCAAUUUCUCCCCCUGGCCUACUGGCUCCACCCACUAACCCUACAGCCCCUCCCACUCGCAUCGGAGCUCCUCCCUCCUUGCGCCAUGGAUAACAUCGAUUAAGGUAUUGGAGGAAAUGCAAAACAGUAGAUGACAUCAUUAGAGACAGCAGAUGACAUCGUUAGGGUAAGGAUUAGGGUUCUGUUUUAGGGUUAGGGUUCUGUUUUAGGGACACCAAAAGGAAAACGAGGAUAGCUUAAAUAAUACAUCUUGGAAGUGUGCGGAGUGCAGAAUCUAUUGUUGCCGUUCGUGCCAGUUUCCCACUAGAUGGCACCAGAGUAGCAGCGUGUUACAAUGCUUUAUAAUAAUAGGACAGUUAUUAAAGGGAAAUUACCUCAAAAUCGGUUGGUUGCUACGAUGGUCAGGGUGUUUUUGAGUCACAGGCCUUUUAGACCGGGUGGAUGUGAAACUGAUGCAAGAAUUGCAAUCAAAGAAACACCCUUUCACAAAUACCGGAUUCCCAACACUCAUACAGUAUUCAUUUAUGAUUCUACCGAAAGAAGAACUCUGCAAAUGCUGUUUCAACGGAAAGGGGAGUGACACUCGUUAUUGAACGAUAAGAAACAUCAACAUUAGGUAAUACAUUAAGGAGGUAUAUGUUAAUGUGAGCCUGGCUCAGCGAUCCCUGAUUGGAUUUACUGAAAAGAUACAAAAACACUGGAACUUGAAUAUUGGAGCUAUACAAUUGUUUUAUCUCAUUUUUUUUUAUGGUAGCUAUAUUAUAUACAUAUAUAACGAUAUAUAUAACUAUAUAUCUAUAGCACUAUACAGAGACUACAGCUCUUUUUAAACGGAACCUCAAAACCCAUCUCUUUAAAAGAGCAUCUAGCUAAACUUUCUUUGAGGUUCCCCUUUUAAUAGUUUUUUGUUAUUUUUUUUCUCUGAAGCACUUUGAGAUUCUUGAAUAUAAAGUGCAUUAUAAAUAAAAUGUAUUAUUAUAUGCAUAUAUAAAACGAAUUAUAUCUAUAUCAAAAGUAUUGUGUGUAUUAACAUAUUUCAGAAGCAGGCCUAAGGUCGGGUUAAGCAGCAGUAACAUAAUAUCGUAUAUUUGACUUGUAUGAACUCGCUAAGUGCUUCAUUCAGCUCCAUUGCUUCCAGUGAGUUCAUUGACUCCUUCAGUUGGUUCGCUCCGGGAAAGUCCGCACCGGGCUGGGUUCCAAACGGCAAGUGGCUCAUAUGGUUUGUGUGUGGUUUCCUGUUAACUGACAAAAGCUACUGCAGACACAUAUCCAGGCGUUACCACAGGUCCAGGCAUCUCUCUGACUGAUUGUUGAGGUCUACUGACACACACACACACA